AUGUCAUUUUCUUCACCUCCCCAUGAAAAUAUUGAAUUAUCUUCUGAUGAAAAUGAUGAUGUUGAAUCAGCUGCUUUACAUCUCGUUUUAAACUCAUUAAAAACCAAUUGGACAAGUCCAUCAAUUAAAAGACUUACUGAUGGUCUCUCGAAUAAUCUCUUUGCUAUUCUUCCAUCAUCAAAAGAAUCUGAUAAUGAAAAAGACCGAGGUGUUAUUGUAAAAAUUUAUGGUAAUAAUUCAGAUUUAAUUGUCGAUCGAAAAGAAGAAAUUCGUUUUAUGCUUCAUCUGGCUCAAUUUCAAAUGGCUAGUCGAAUUUUACUUACAUUCAAUGAUGGUUUUAUUUAUGAAUAUGUGCCUGGUACUCCUGUUGAUAUUCAUGAUGAACAAAAACCAUUACUCAUUGCCCGGAGCAUGGCUGAAUUUCAUUCAAUACCAUUGAUGAAAGGUGAUGAUAACCGAAGAAAAGCACAAUUAUCAGAAAAACUUCGUCAUUAUGUUAAUUUAUUAAGUGGAAAAAAUGAUGAAUUACAUAAACGAUUAGAUAAAAAUGCUUCAUCUAUCUUAUCGAAUCUCAAAAAUAUUUGCUGGUCUGAUAUUAGUAAAGAUAUUGAUAAAAUUGAACAUAUAUUUGAAAAUAAACAAUCAAAAUGGUCUCACAUACCUGUUGUUAUUUGUCAUAAUGAUACACAAAGUUUAAAUUUUUUAUAUGAUGAAGAAAAUAAUAAUACGAUAUCAUUAAUUGACUUUGAACAUUGUGCACGAAAUAUGUGGUUAAUUGAUGUUUUUAAUUAUUUUAUUGAAUUUGCCGGCUUAGAUUCUGAAGAACCUGAUUUUGAUGGAAAAUAUUUGUCACGUAGUAAACAACAAGAAUGGUUACAAAUUUAUCUAUCACAUGCUACGUUUUUACAUAAUGAAAAAAUAAAAAUGAGUCUAGAUGAAUUGUGUGAUUUAGGUGAUUGUCUUCGUGCACCUAUUCAUCUUUAUUGGGCAUUAUGGGCUUUUCUCGAAGCAUUACUUAAUCCAGCAUCAUUGGAAAAAUUUGAUUAUAUCAAAUAUGGAAAAUGUCGACUAGAACAAUAUAAAAAUCAUAAAAAUGAAUUCUUUUCGACUGAAGUCAAUCAAUAA